CAAAUCAAUAAAAAAAAAUUUGAGCAAUCAUCUGACAUUCUGAUUUAUAUGGUUAAAUUCGGUAACGAACAAGUUAUAAAAAGCUAAAAUCUUCAAUGAUCCUCCUACCAAUAAUGUCUCUAAUUAUAUUAUAUAUGAUGAUUAGAUACUGAUGAAAGCCCAAAUUCUGUUGAAGAAAACAACGUUAAUAAUACUAUUUUUUAACAGAAGGCCUUCCAAAAACAACUAUCAGAACAAAUAAAAGCAAAAUGGAUAUUUUUCAACUUUGGAAAGAAAACUGAGGAGAAUAAAAAUCACCCAAAUUAAUAUGAACCGUUCAUUCCUCACAAGCCUCAUCUUCCCAACCCCGCGCAAAUUAACCCCCCAUUGGCGCAUUUUAGUCUGCCCUUCACUUCCCCCAUCAUCAAACUGUACUAUAACCCUGUUACGAUCACAAUUCUUUAGCAAAUUCUCAUUCCCUACUUUCUCUCUCUAAAACUCCCAUGGAGUCCCGUGUACUCUCCGGCUCCACCACCCUUCACGGCCUUCCGCCGCUAAGGCGGCGGCUCAGCACUUCCGCCCCUGCCGCCUCCUUCUCAACUAUCAGUCGACCUAUCGGCACUGUCGGAGACGGCGGGAACUUGAUUUGGGGCAGGCAACUCAGGCCGGCUAUCCUUCUCGAAGCUUCUCCGGUGCACCCCUUAUCGCCGGUGACGAAGAGGGAGACACGCCUCCGUCCUUGUCCUGCCGCUGCUUCUUCUCCGGCUGGAGGCAGCGAAUCCGCCGGGGAUGCCGAGGUGGGAUUCUUGGAGAAAUACCCGGCUCUGGUCACCGGGUUUUUCUUCUUCAUGUGGUAUUUCUUGAACGUGAUCUUCAAUAUCCUCAACAAGAAGAUCUAUAACUACUUCCCUUAUCCUUAUUUUGUGUCGGUUAUACAUUUGUUUGUUGGAGUUGCGUACUGCUUAGUGAGCUGGGCUGUGGGACUUCCUAAAAGAGCUCCUAUCGAUGGAAACCUCCUGAAACUUCUCAUUCCAGUGGCUGUUUGUCAUGGGAUUGGCCACAUAACCAGCAAUGUCUCAUUUGCAACUGUUGCCGUGUCAUUCACCCAUACAAUCAAAGCACUUGAGCCUUUCUUCAAUGCUGCUGCUUCGCAGUUCAUACUCGGACAACAGAUCCCACUAGCACUUUGGCUGUCAUUGGCUCCAGUAGUUCUUGGUGUGUCAAUGGCAUCACUAACUGAGCUUUCUUUCAACUGGACUGGGUUCAUCAGUGCCAUGAUUUCAAAUAUUUCCUUCACCUAUAGGAGCAUAUACUCAAAGAAAGCUAUGACUGAUAUGGACAGCACUAAUCUGUAUGCUUAUAUUUCGAUCAUUGCUCUCAUUGUCUGCAUUCCACCUGCCGUAAUUCUUGAGGGACCUGCACUUUUGAAUGGUGGUUUCACUGAUGCAAUCGCCAAAGUGGGAAUGACAAAGUUCAUCUCAGAUCUCUUCUGGGUGGGUAUGUUUUACCACCUCUACAAUCAGAUAGCAACAAACACACUUGAGAGAGUGGCUCCCCUUACUCAUGCAGUUGGAAAUGUGCUGAAACGUGUGUUUGUGAUUGGGUUCUCAAUCUUGGUCUUCGGCAACAAGAUUUCCACGCAAACCGGUAUCGGAACAGCCAUUGCUAUUGCUGGAGUUGCAAUUUACUCGUACAUUAAGGCCAAGAUGGAAGAGGAGAAGCGAAGAGGCAAAGCAGCUUGAGGGCCAAUUUAUGGCCUUGGUACUUGGUGAAGAUGAGAAUGGGGAUAAGAGAAAGUCUUGUUGUAGAUUUGGGAAUUUUCUAUAUUCUGGGAAUAUAAUUGUUAAAAGUUUCUAUCCAUCUAUAUCAUUGUGUAGUUAGACUCUUCAAUAAACUACUACUGUACUAUCUCUAUUGGUUCAUCCAAAAUAUUGCUGAUUCCUUCCUGUGAACUGGAAUAAUUUGUUAUGCUCCUUGUUACCUACAUCUUGAUAACAAGAAGCCCGGCAUAAGAAGCCAGAAUUCGUGAACAUUGUUUUGUGAAUAGAGAGCAUUUGUUAUCUUUCAAAUCAUGUUGUAAUGUUGCACUAUGAAAGCACAAAUGUGGUGAUUUUAGUUGAUCCUGCAUGGAGUUAAGUGUGCAUUUUGGGUGCGAGCUUGUCCUAAUGAAAUUAUCACAUAUCGGCUUUAGUCUUUAUAAAUACUUAUGUAAAUAAAAAAAUACUCCCUCU